AUGCGUCCUACUCACAUUCUCCCUCUAACUCUUCUCGCUGGACCCUCCUUUGUUCUUGGGGAAUGUUUCAAAUCAGGACCACGAACAGGUUACGCCAAUGACAACAACGUUCUCGAUCUCAGCGCCGUCUGUAGCUUGCUUACAGGUCUCUACAACAAGGGCGAAUUCCGACGGAUUUGCGUGAAUGACAAGAAUGGCAUCAAGUGGGACUUUGAGCUGAAGUAUUUUGGUAGUGGUGCAACUCGUACUAUCCAUGGACCUGAAUGCGUCAAUGGCUUUUCAAAGGAAGCAAAAUGUGCCCAAGGGGGGAAAACGGCGUACGGCAAUUGGGAGUACAUGUAA